AUGCCACGAAUAGACCUUGAGCAUGUCGCCAAGUUCAAGGAGGUUUUGAAUCUCAACAAGAUCUCACCCUCUCGGGGCCUCUUCGUGACGACCGGGUACUACGGCCCGCGGGCAAUCACGAUCGGCAUCAAGACCAUCAACGGAAGUGAACUGAGGACUUGGGAGGAGCGAGCAAUGUGGGUGGCGCGCUUGCGGCGUUUGGUGUGGGCCGGCUGCGCGGUUGGGGCCGGUUGGCUGGCGUACACGACCUACGGCCCGAUGCACCGGUGGAAAGACGUCGACCGAGCACUGGCCCGAUUCGAGACUGACGCGCGACGGCAAGUGGACAAGUGGAAGCGAACGGCCCGCGAGUAUUGGCCGUGGUGA